AUGGAGGAUGAGCAGAUUAAUGAGUUGAAAGCACCACCCCAACCUACUCCAGACUUGAUCAAUCAGGAAGUGCUUGAUUUUGUGAUAAAGGUAGAGGGGGUGAAGCCAAAUGAUUUCGGCAAGGUUACAACAUUCAAGAAGUUCUCUAAGGGAGGAAAAACUAAUGUUGUGGUUGAUCCCCUGAGUAGAAAAAUAGGGAGAAUGGGGAGUUUAGCCCAUUUACAGGUUUCUAGACACCCAUUGGCUAGAGAGGUUCAAACUCUGGCUAAUGAAUUUAUGAGGCUGGAAGUAAUUGUGAAAGGAAGAUUUUUGGCCUGUGUGGAGGCAAUAUCUUCUUUUCUUGACAAGAUUAAAGGAAAGCAAUUUGAUGAUGAGAAGCUGAGCCGAAUUCGUGAUAUGGCUCAUAGUUCGAGGUAUUCUAUAUAUCCUGGUGCAAACAAGAUGUAUCAUGCUAUGAGAAAACAUUAUUGGUGGAGUAGAAUUAAGCAUGACAUUGUUGAUUUUGUUUCCCAAUGUCCGAAUUGUCAGCAAGUAAAGUAUGAGCACCAUAGGUCUGGAAAAACACUUCAGAGAAUGCCCAUUCCUGAAUGGAAGUGGGAAUGGAUUGCAAUGAACUUUGUGGUUGGUCUUCCAAAGUCAUUGGGUAGGUUUGAUUCCAUAUGGGUGAUUGUUGACAGGUUGACUAAGUCCACACACUUUAUUCCAGUCAAGGUGACUUAUAAUGUAGAGAACUUAGCCAAGCUCUAUAUCUGCGAGAUUUUUCAAUUGCAUGGAGUUCUCAUUUCCAUCAUAUCAGAUAGAGGUACACCGUUUACUUCUAACUUUUGGAGGACCUUGCAAGCUGAGUUAUGA